AUGGAAGAAGUGGUGGUUGUUCCUGAAUGUUCUCCAGAAUUGAAGCCCGUCGUUGGUCAAAAGUUCCUAUCACUAGAUUUCGCUUUUGCAUUUUACGAUGUAUAUGCCGACGCUGUUGGUUUUGAUACGCGCAAACAAGGAAUAAGGAAGACGGACGAUGUUACAACUCGGUAUUAUGUUGUAUGUAAUAGAGAAGGCAAGAAGAAGUCGAACGAGGAUGACCAAUUGAAUGCACGUUAUAUUAUUCAGGACUUCAACGAGGUUCAUAACCAUUAUAUGGUUGAGUCAAGGCAUCAGUAUUUUAUGGCACUUAAUCGAAUGUUGGAUGAUGUACAUCACAAAUUCAUUCUUGACUGUUCCAAGGCUAAUAUAGGCCCCACACUUACCUUUAAGGUGUUGAAGGAAAUUCUCUGUGGGUUUAAACUUAUCGGUUGCACUGUCGGAGAUAUCAGGAACGCUUCUCGAGACAUCAAAGCAUACACACAUGGAUUUGACGUGCAAAUGGUGUUGGAUGAUAUGGCUAAGAAGAGGGAAAUGUAUUGUAUGAUCUUCACACCUUUCACGGGAAAGGACAAUCAUAGAAGACCUGUAACCUUCGCCGCCGAAGUGGUGUGCAACGAGAAAACAGGGGCAUUUGCUUGGUUGUUCAAACAUUUCGUUGAAUGUAUGGGUGUAGCACCCAAAAUGACUGUAACAAAUCAAGACUUGGGCAUGAGAUCAACCAUUGAAGAGGUUCUUGUUGGCACUCGACACCGAUGGUGCAUGUGGCAUAUAAUGCAUAAGUUGGCCACCAGGGUUCCAAACAAGUUGUUGAGGGACGAAGAUUUCAAGAAGGAAUUCAAUGCUUGCGUUUGGUCGGACUUGCUUGAACCCGACGAAUUCGAAAAGGGGUGGAAUGGAGUGGUGGAACGUCGUGGGCUGGAAGACUUUGACUGGUUCAACACAUUGUACGACUAUAUGCAAUUCUGGAUACCGCGGAACAGUAGAAUAAAGUUGGACUACCACGAUGCAAUUGCCCUGCCCAUAUUGGCCACUGCUUUGCCAUUCGAGAAACAUGCUUCGACGUUGUACACCGAUAGUAUGUUCAAGAAAAUACAAGAAGAAAUUGUUGAGGGUAAUGACAGAUGCCGCGUGCUUGGAUUUUCAUCUACGGAUAUGGUUGACACCUACAAGCUUGGGGACAUCAAUCGCAAUUCGUAUUUUGUGAGUCACGAUAAGACUGCUGACUCAUACUCGUGCGAAUGCAAACUUUUCGGUAGGCAGGGAUAUUUGUGCAGCCAUAUCUUUUUUUUAUUCAGAAACAAUGAAAUGAAAAAAAUUCCAGAUAAAUACUGCGAAAACAGAUGGAUGAAGACUUCGUUAGCCAUGGCUGUGCAUGAGGAGUUUGAUGACGCCCUACCUACCAGGUCCAUUGUUGACGAUAGGCAAACUGUUUCAAAUCAAGGGAUUUCGAUGUUCUAUGGUUUUCUUCGACGAUUUGAGACGAACAUUGAUGUGCUUCGUGCAUUCGUAGGUGGUGUGGAAGAACUUGGUAAUUCUCUUCAAGCUGGAACUCCUACAACGUCCACCUCGGAAAAGAGGCGAAUGAUUGAAGAGUUUUAUGGAAUGGUAAGGCCUGAUGUAGUUGAGGUUCAUCCUCCGGAUGUUGUCAAGACCAAGGGUCACGCAAGCAGCUCAGCGAGCCGUCUGAUUUCUAAGAGAGAAAAGGCUAUAAAGGAGGCUACUAGGCCUCUUAGACUGUGUAAAGCGUGCGAUGAGAUGAGCCAUCACGACUCUAGAAAUUGUCCAAUGCUUACAGAGAUGGCGAAGGAGAAAGAGCUUCGUAAGGGUAAGAGGAAAUGUUGA